AUGUCGCAGGAUAAUUUGAAUAUAGGAAAUGAAGGGCACAUUAGAGCGCCAGAGGAUUCCAUCUCAUUGGUAUCAGACGAGAUUGAACCUUCAAUAAAAAUGCAACUGAAAAAGAACGCCAAAAGUCAGAGCGACUUUCGUGCUUACAACAAACGAACUUUGUCAGACGUGACAAUGGAUUUGACUGACAAUCGUGGGAAGCAGUGCAUGGAGACCAUGUCUAUGUUGGAAGGCAGCACAACUCAAAAGAUUCCGGUCAAGAAAAGCAUGUCGUUAGUGAACAAACUGCGAGCUAUCACCAAGAUGAGGUCACUCUCUCAAAGUAAAGGGGAAUCUGAUUCUCUUGCUGUGAAUGACCACGAGUUAAUUCUCUUUAGUUUGAUAGAAGACAGCCCUCUCCGAAUAUUAAAGUUUAACGUUCUUUUCGGACAGUUCGCUCAGAAUGGGAAUGCCAAGGAAGUAGCUCGGAUUAUACAAACAGACCCAUCACGACUGCAUGUCAAGAAUAACCGAGGUCAAACAGCAUUGCAUCUGGCUGUUAUCAAAGGUCAUCUGCAAGUUGUUGUGGUUCUCAAUGAAUUUCAUUCUGAUCUCAACGUUGUGGACAAUUGUGGUAAUACUGCACUACAUCUAGCCGUCUUAUCCAGAAAACCAGAGAUCAUUGAUCUUCUGCUCAAGAGCGGUGCCAACUCAAAACUAAAAAAUGACUUGCAUAUGAUGCCCAUCCAUUGUGCAGCCGAGCUGAAUGACACCGAUGUUGUCAACGUGCUGCUGGACAAUGGAGUGGAUGCUAACUGGACAGGCGAAAAUGGCAUGACGGCCUUACACUACGCAGCGGCUAAGGAUAAUGGCGAGGUCAUGAAAGUCUUGAUUCAACGUGGGGGCAAACCAUGUAAAAAAUGUGACUACGGAUAUUAUCCCAUCCAUUUGGCAGCUAAAUGUGCUGCAGCCAGUGCGAUGGAAGCCAUUAUCGAUAAAGCUCUACAAGCAGGUUAUACAAGGGAGCAAAUUCUUUCAUUUAAAGACAGAGAAAAUAAUCUCCCUUUACACGCCGCAGUCAAUGGUGGAAACCUUAAGGCUGUCCAAGUUUGUUUGUCUGCAGGAGCAUCAGUUCAAGCACAACAGGAUGAUGGUUCAACCCCUUUACAUUUUGCUUGUGCCCAAGGAAACUUUGAGAUGAUCAAACUAAUGAAAGAAAUUCAACAAGAAAACUUUUUGGCUGCUAUAUUUAUUUUGGAUGUGAUGAAAAUGUCACCGUUACAUAGAGCAGCAUUUUUCAACCACACAACAAUCAUGGAGUUUUUACUGGAACAUGGAGCAGAUAAAGAUUGUCAAGACAUCAAUGAUAGAACCCCAUUACUGUUGGCAGCUUCUAAAGGAUGCUGGGAAGCCGUUCAAUUGCUUGUCUCCAAAGGAGCUGAUGUUCAAGUGAAAGACAAAAGAAAUCGCAAUUUUUUACAUCUUGCUGUCAAGUAUGGUGGCAAGUUGGAACAGUUUGGACGAGCACUAAUAAAAGACAUCCAAGAUUUACAAAAUGACAAAGAUGAUUUUGGAUGCACACCUCUUCAUUAUGCAUCAAAAGAAGGUCACUUAAGAGCCUUGGAUGAUCUCAUUAAAAUGGGGGCUGUCCUUAAUAUGAAGAAUAAUGACAAGCAGUCUCCACUUCAUUUUGCUGCCAGAUAUGGACGCUACAAUACAUGUUGUCGUUUACUGGACAGUCACCAUGGUCCAAACAUAAUCAAUGAAACAGAUGGUACAGGGCUUACAGCCCUUCAUAUUGCUGCCCAAAAUGGUCACACCAAAGUUGUCCAGCUUUUACUACAGAGAGGAGCUGUGGUAAACAAAGAUAAUGAUGACAACACAGCAUUGCAUCAUGCUGCUGCCAAUGGUUGGACUCACACCAUGAAAGUCCUUAUAAGUGUCCAUUCCAACUUGAUAGAUGUUGUCAAUAAUGAAGCAGACACGCCCUUGCACGUGGCUGCUAAAAACGGGCAGGCAUCAGCAACAGUUCUCUUGCUCUCCAUUGGUGCAAAAAUUCUCUGUAACAAUCAAAAUGAAGCUUUCUUUGAUUACAUCAUUCAGAAUAAAUUUAGCGAAGUGGCUGUUGCAGUUAUAAAUCAUGACAGGUGGGAAGAAGUCCUUCAGACAAGUUGCAAGACAUAUGGAGCGUACAUACUUGGACUGAUUGAGCACUUGCCUGCUGUUUGCAUUAUAACGUACAACUUCAAGUACUUGGAUAUAUCCAACCAAUGUUUAGAGCAUGCCAGAAACAAUUCAAACAAUCUGGACAUCUAUCCACUCAUGUCUCUUUAUGCCAUGGUAAAAAACAACAGAGUUGACUGUCUAUCUCAUCCAGUAUGUGUGACAUUUUUAAAAGUGAAAUGGAAACACUAUGGAGUUUGGGUCUACUCAGCUUACUUGAUUGUAUACAUACUUUUCCUGGCUUCACUUACAAGUUUUGUAGUCAAUCACAACUCCUUGAUGCAUAUUGAAAUGAAGAGUAUGGAAAACUCAACAAUUCAACAUCUGAAUGGUGCCAUUGAAGGAGGCUACUCGUUUGAUCCCAUGUACACAGUCUGUCUUUGGUUUAUGAUGUUCUACAGUUGUUUAAAUAUCAUCAAGGAAGUGGUGCACAUAUGUAUAAUGAAACUACGCUACUUCGCAGACAUAGGCAAUGGUUUGGAGUGGACUUUGUACAUCACCUGCUCAGUUUUUGUCCUGCCUUUUUUAUUGGACAUGUCAUUUCAUUGGCAAUGGGAAGCUGGAGCUUUUGCAGUGUUUCUAGCCUGGUUUAAUUGCCUUGUUAUUUUGAAGAGGUUUGAUUUCUUUGGUAUCUAUGUGGUCAUGUUUUUGGAAAUACUUCGGACUCUCGUUCAAGUGCUUUGUGUGUUUUCCAUUCUAAUCAUAGCAUUCGGACUGUCGUUUUACAUACUACUUUCUAUUGAGGAAUCAAAGGCAUUUUCGACACCGCCUUUAUCACUUCUGAAAACCUUUAUGAUGAUGCUUGAACUGGACUACAUGGCUUCAUUCAAUGAGCAGUACACUGAUGAUAGGGAGGACACACUGCAUUUUGGCACAUUGACUCUGACUCUCUUAACCAUAUUUGUUCUCUUAAUGCCAAUUUUACUGAUGAAUUUACUGAUUGGUUUAGCAGUUGGUGAUAUUGAGUCGGUUCAAAAAGAUGCAAGACUUAAAAGAUUAGCGAUGCAGGUGGAGCUUCACAUAAAUAUAGAAAGGAAAAUGCCAUUAUUUCUUCGUGACAAAGUUGCAAUCACAGACUACAAACACUAUCCAAACAGAGGCAACAAACAAAUCGAAAAUGUGAGUAUUAAACAAAUAGGAAUGUAUAUGUUCCUCGAUCUUAUUGAGAGCUCUCCGUCUGUUACAGAAGUCUAUCUGCCGCCGGCCGCUUUCAUAAUUCAGUACUUGUUUUCAAUAAUUUCAUUUUCAAAAGAUUCUGGCGAUGGCAAAUCAUUGCAAUUAAGAAUUCAAAAUUCCUAUGUUCAAGAUGAUUUACAUAAACUUAAAGUGAGACUACGUGACAUAAGCACCGUGAUGGAUAAAAACAAUCAUCUCCUUCGCAAGAUCAUGCAAAAAAUGGAAAUCUCUACCGAGGACGAUGCAUGGGAUGAGGGCGCUGGGUCGAGCUACGGCUGUAAUGUAAUUCAUUGUAGAACUAAUGAGACCUAUAGAAGCAAAUCUUCUACAGAGAAACUGAAGUUUAAAGCAACUGUUACAUCGCUAUUGGCGAAUAGGAAACAUUUCAUGUAGAUUUUACUAACAUCUCAAGAUUCAUGUUAUCAGUAAACCGCAAAAUUCUGUAAGAAACAUGUACAUUUCUUCAUAUUUCUAUAAAUUUCAAUAUUCAAAUAUAUUUGUUCACUAGCAUUACCCACCAGCUACACCCAUUGAUUUGUUCCAAGGAUAUAUAAUUGUUUAUUUUGUCAUGUACCCGCCCCAUGUUUUCUUACUUAUAACAAUAUUUAACAUAUACUGAAACGCUCCUCCAUACAUUCCAUCUAAUUAGAGAAUCUAUUACGUUGAAUUGGACCCCAGCUUGUUGGAGCAUCACUUCUCUCCCCUCCACCAACUCGCCUUCGUAACAAAUAGGC